AAAUUUUGACAGAGUAUGCCUAAAAAUUCAAACCAAAACUCAAAAAAUCUAACAAUAUUCGCAAAUUUGAAAUUUUUCGAUUGUCAGAAAAAAAUGUCCAAAAUUUUCGGUGUUUGUUAUGCGAUUUUAUUUCGUAGUCGUUCGGUUUUUAAGUCCUUAUCGGAUAAAGUAUCGGGUGGUCGGUUCUCGAAGGAAAGCUUUUAUGAUGUCAAACCUUUUGAUUAUGCAACCAGCCAGCGAAUUCUUCCCAGUUCCGCGAGGACCCACAGAAGCGCCCGAAAGCCCAUUCAUGAAAUUUUGAAAGGAAGGGACUUUGAUAAUCUAUACAAACACAGAUUAAUUGACCAGAAUGCUGCACUUUUUGUGGAAGAUCUACGUAGAGGAUACCAGAGGCCACGUGAAUUGCGCAAGGACUGUAAAGAGUAUCCUAAGCUGGCGGGUAAGGAUUCGAGAAGGGUAGAUGGCAAGAGAAUCCGAUUGAUCAUUGGAAUAAUUGGCUUGUUCAUAGCCAUGGCCAGUGCCUACCAUUUGAGGGAGGAAGCUGCCAAAGAAAGACAGGAGUCUGCUACCCACAAAACUGGUUGGAAGUUCGGUGGAUUCAGAAGGUGACGCCGGUGAUGCGUUUGUGAAAAUACCUGUGUAAACGCCGUAAAACUUUAGUUUGUCUCUGGAACUGUAUCUCAUUGCAGUUCAAAUUGUGAAUCAAAACGUCUAGGUCCAAUGACGACAUACUAUGUAAAAACUGGCAAAUUUUAAUAGAGAAGAGAAUGUUCUUUUGAAAA